AUGGGCACCGAUCUUCACGGCGACCCAAUCAACGGGUCCAACCCGCCAUGGAUCGACUACGACAGCACCGGGUUUGGAUCCUUUGAUGAUCUCUCACGUAGUCACCAUCAACAACCCCCAUCAGCGCUCAGCGCUGACUCAAAUGACAAUGCCCCCAGUUCUCCAGCGCGCUCUUUGGGCAACAGUCGCCAUCCUACUGCAAAACCUGCUUCCUUGAAUCACGAGCGCACGCAAUCACUGGCGCACAGCGCCAGCACAAGUUUGUCGCUGUUGGCCGCCUCUUCUGUCACUAGUUCAUAUGAGACGAGCCAUGCCUCCUGGAAAAUGCAGCAGAGCUUGCGAGAUUUGGGCAUUGACGAUGAUGAAAUACGUGCCUUGCUCGAAGCACCCUCCUUCGCGCACGAGUAUCCAGAGUUUGCACGCGAUUCCAACCCUUCCGAUCGCGCUGAAGUUGGUGCGGCAGCCUCCGAGCAGCGGACACCCACGUCACGCGAAGCGAGCCGGAUUGCGCGCCAAUUGCUUGAGACCACCAUUUUCAACGCUUCUUCCAAUUCCGAGCCGGCCCACCAAGACCUGAGUGGGCCCAAGAACUUGUCUCUACACAGCUUUCGCGCUCAUGAAAAUCGCUUCCAAGCCGAGCAUGCCUUUAAUGCCUCCCUAGAAGAGGAAGGCUCGCGCACUUUGGAGGACAGUCAAAACAGUCGGGGUCAUGCAACCGCCGAGGAAUCACUGGACGGCUCCAUUCAUACCAAUGGGGCCGCCGCCAUGCCCGAGUCUACAUUACCGUCAUCCGCACCUGCGUUGCCAGCUUCCAGCGAAGAGUUGACCGCACUCUUCUCAGACCUGCUGCAUCACUCGGCCAUGGAUGGUGAUCUGGGCAGCAUCGAAGACCUGACUGCCCUGUUGGCCAUUUCAAAAGCAGACAUCACUGAUGGGUUGCUACGCCCCGAGGCAACUGGCAAUGCUGAGGCCUCUCUAUCUCAUCUGCUUCGGGAGUCACCUGCUAGCACGGCCCACCAACCAGCUGCACGCAUGUCCGCUCAUGAGGCACCAACAGGGGGCUCUCCACAGGUUGCACCUGCACAAAGCGACACAGCCAACGACUGCGUCGACAAUGCCGCUCUGACUGACGAGAGCUCAGACCAUCCCAGGUCGUCUGCCCCACCUGCCCGUGCGUCCCCAAGGCAUCAUGCCGGUCGUGCAUAUCAGUCCUCUUUACAUGUGACUCAGCUCUCGGCCGUCACGGAGGAGUCAAGCCAAUAUCGCUCCGAUGCUUCCGCCUCCUUGCACGAAGAGCGCCACGUGUCCGAUGCGCAGCGCGUUGCUAGCGUGCCCCGACGCGCCCUCUCUCAACGCCAGGACGAACAAAUAAGUGGCCUAGGCCGAGUUGCACUCUCAUCAACCAGUAUGUCGACUCUCACAUCUUUCAAUAUGACUUCGGCGGUGAGCCCUCCGGCAAGCAGCGAUCACGAGGGUACCCACACAAACCCGAGCUCCGACUUGACCCCAACUCAGACAAGGGCUCCUCACCCGACUGGUCAACAUGAUGGUCGUACCUUGAGCCAGAGCCGGAUCAAGGUUGGUGGGAGUCGGGCCACCCGCGAUCAAGAUCGCAGUAAUCAUCAUGAUGACUUCUCCGCAACAGAGAACAAAGAAGCCCCCAACAAUGCCAACGCUGACAAUGAUGAAGACGAGGAUGACUCCUUCGCAACUGCGUCAUCGGGUACAAGCCAUCUGGUCUCGGGCCUGGACAACCUUUCAGUCGCCAUUCUGGGCCCUGUGCGCCGCCGACCCGGAUCAGACGCCCCGCCUCUGAGCGUUACCCCGCUCUUGAGUAAUGCAGAGGAGCGACGUCGUGAGCGUGAAGCGACCGAGCUGCGAUCAAAACCGGCGCAGCCUGACAAGGGUUCAAACCUUGUUCAAGAAUCUAUGCUGCAUGGGACAUCGCCAAAUCAAGCUCACCAUUCCAACUUUGCUGAUGAGCCAAUAAACACGCCUCAGCGUGUGCUUGUCCUUGACGACUCAAAUCCAGCCGAGUCCAGCCCCGCUGCCGACACGCCUACCAAACAGAGCCCGGCGGUAUCCGAGCAGCAGCGUCAUGGGUCGACGGCGGCUGAAAAUGGCCCUGCAUUUGAAAGUCUUCUUCUCGAGUCGGACGCGGCACUCAGUUUUGUGACACGCGAACACUGGCCAUUACAUGCCCUAGAUACGCCACCUCGCUCCAAAGGCUACCCCAACGAACCAGAUGAGUCCUCAAUCGUGGACGAGCUUUUGAGUGGAGAUGAUGCGGAUGGUACUCUAGAGGAAGCUAUGGAGGCGGGUAUGGACCAAAUGAACGGCUUCUACAAGACCGAGGCUGAUCUUCUCGCUUACAUAGGACAGACUCGCGAGCGGAUAGAGGCGCAGCUCCAAGCCUCUCACUUGAGCCGCAGCCAGGCGUCGUCAGGUCCCAGCCGACCUGUCCAGACAACAACCGCCAAUGUGGAACACGAUGAUCAGCAGGGCGCUUCAGAAGCCAUAGCAUCGCAUGCUUCAUCCAUCUCACCCGCCCGCUCGGGCAUGCAGGCCUUCCAUGGUGCGCCAACUUUCUUUAACAAGCUCGGAGAUGUCGACUCUACGCGCGAGGAGAAGGACCAGGGGUCGGACAAUGUCGAUGAAACUCUCACACCGCCCACUCCAGCCGAUUUCCGCCGCCUGCCAGAUCAUCUCACCACUGUGGAAACGGCAUCCGCAAGCACGGGUCGAGCUUCUGCAGCUGAGCAGCCUGCCUUGCUUAGUGAAGGCUUGACACCAGGCCUGGGCUACAAAAUUCUUCCACGCACGCAAGGCUCAUCUGCCAGGCCAACUGAGCGCAUGGAAGCAUCAACUGCGUCUGAACUGCACGAUAGCCUCAGUUUUCGCAAAGAAGCCCCGGCCAGCUCCACACAGGCCAGCUCCACACCGGCCAGCGCUUCACCGGCCAGCCGUCAUCUCAGCAUUAACGAUCGCGUCCAAGCCCCUUGUAACGCCGUCACUUCACCCGGCCGCCAACCAGCCUCAGCUCACCAGCAGGCUGCUCAUUCGGAUACCACGCCUGGAAGACUGGCAGAAGCCUCCCCCAUGCCUGGUGACUCGGCCAUGCCAACCUUGCAAACGGCAGGACGGCCCCUGCCUUCAAGUAAGAGCUCAGAUGUCCAACGAAACGACGUCUCGCUGCAAGUUCAUGAGCAAAGCUUGCUGGCAUCCAAACACCACGAGCACACCGACACGGAGGAAAACCCACUUCAGCUGCCUGAUGCCGUUGACUUUGGAGUCCUCACGGCAUAUGGGUCUUAUCAACAGGCCGUAGAUAUUUCCAACCUGACAAGCCAUUGGCUGCUGCUUCAGAAUUCAGUCAGUGCUUCGGAGCCAGCAUUCUCCGUGACACCCGAUUCGUUGCUACUUGGUCCCCAUCAGAGCGCUUCUGUGCAAGUGACCGUGGCUCCGGAUCAUGCCGGUGCCUUCCGUGCUUACCUACACCUGAAGGCAGAGCGGGUGCGCUCCGAUGGACAGCCCAUGCCGGGCAGCCUCAUUCGCCUCACGCGAACACUACGCGCUGUGGCGGAGGAACCUGAAAUCGACGUGACCCCGUGUGGGCGCAUGGAUCUCGGAGUCCUUCUGCCUGGCGAACUGGUCUGUCAUCAAAUUCAAGUUCGGGCAGCCGGCCGAGCCCAAUGCACUGUGGCCAUUUGUGUGGACAGUCCCGAGUCGAGUGCCCCAUCGCCCUUUUUCUUGUGCCUUGAGCCGCCCGCCCCUGUGGCCACUGGUUCGAGCGGUCGGUGCAUUGGCGAGGCUGCAGAAAGUGCCGUGGCUACGGUUGCGCGCCCGGCCACGCAGCUAUUGGUGACUCUGCAAAGCCAAAGCCAGGCGAGUGGCCCAUUUGGCUCUGCGUUGCUUGCGCAGUGCUCCAUCUAUGUUUGCUUUCGGGCUGUGCCUGGCGAGCAUUACUCAGGCAGUACGGCAGCCGUUGACGAGGAGUUUCGGUCUCGUCUACGGGUGCAAUUGCCCGCCUCCUACUCGAAGCAGAUUGAAUUUGAGAGCGUGUCCUUGGUAGCCGCUGUUAGCCGUCCUCACUUGCAGGUGCCUCGCGUGAUGCAAGCUAUUGUUCUGUCAGCGGCCGCCUACUCGGCUAGUCAUCGCCGCUUGCCUGUGCGCAAUGCCAGCUCUAUCCCCGCACGCGUCCAGGCCGACAUUGUGCCAGAAGAAGACCCCAACGCCGAAGCAGCCAUCGACACUCAUCCGUGGCUCGAGUGUUUUUCAGUCACUCCAUCAGAGUUUGAACUGGGUUCCAUGGCCGUUCAGGAACUCAAGGUCACAUAUCGCGGUGAUGCCCGCUUUGCAAGUGCGGCUGCUCGCCUGCGAUUGCGUUUGACGCCCGGAGACCUCACCUAUAGUGCUUCGUUGCGUGGCUACUUCGAGGGGGAUGCCGGCGCUCUGUCCAGCUCAAGCAUUCGGCAAGCCGAAGGUAGCCAAGUCGAUGUGGCCCAGGCUACAACAAAAUCAUCAGAACCCACUGCAGUGCAAAUGCGCCGUGAUGAUACAAAGGCUCGGGCCGAGGCCCGACCGUUGUCGCUGAACGGUCUGAUGGAUUUUCCAAUCCCGGAGACCCUUCCUCGGCCUUCGCAGCGACGUCAAAAGUCAGUCGAGCCCUCGGUGCCUCAAACACCGAAUGGGCCACAAAAAUCAAUGCCACACAGCGAAUCAGGGUCGGAGCUUUGGCAUCGGAUAGAACGGUCGGGCGUUGAAAUUCGGGCUCGCGCCUCCGAAGACUCACGCCGUGAUAUGCGAGAAGGCAAUCGCGCCCGAGAUUCACCUCCAACCGUAACAGAGUUGCUGGCAAGUGAGAGUCACGUACACUUUGGUGCUGCUCCAAGUGGCGACCUGGUCCAGCGCAGCCUCGUUCUGCGUUCGCUCCAUCACAUGGCCAUUGCCUUGCGCUUGCGAUUGCUGAAGAACCGACACGGUGCGUUUAGUUUGGUUCAAGCACAGAGCGGAGGCCAGCUAUACAACAUCACGGAAAGCAUCACGCUUCGACCAGGUGAAGACUUGGUCUUGACCCUGGCAUUUGAGCCUCAGGAACGUGCCGUGUAUCGGGCUGGGCUUAGCAUCCAGACCCUGCUCGAUGACCACCCAGCGUGCCGCUUUGUGAUUCCACUACGCGGCAUCGGUGACCUGGCACACGUGCAAGUGUUGAGCGCUGCGAUUGAUUUGCAUCGCACACACCACACAGCAGCGUGUCGACUCCUACAUGGUGAAGAUUCACCCCACCGUGGCUCAUCCAUGGCGCUGCUCUUUGAGCACUUUGACCCACAUGACAUGGUCGCCGUGGAUCUGGUCUUUCGUAACAACGGCCGCCGAGCCGGCUUUCUACUUGGUAGCUUGCAGGACCACCAAGGGAACACCCUUUCCACUACACACGGAUCCUUGAACCCAGAGGCAUUGGUAGUGGGUGCAGCACGCCGGCACGCCAUGACGGUGAGCCUCAAGGUUGGUGAGCUACUUGCCAAAGCCUUGGCAACCGCUCCCAUGGCUCACGGCCAGCAAUCAAACCUUCGAGAUGGUUCUGGCAGCAAGCCCCUGUUUGUGGGCAGCCUCCUUCUCUACACUGGAACUGAAGUCCUGCGUAGUCGUGUGCGUCAUCACAUGGUGCGGGAUCGGGAGGUGGACGUUGAGUUUAACGGGCCAACAGCCCGCGAGCUUGACCGCUACUUUUUGCACGAGGAGAAACUUGUAGGCCAUGAACUGUCUGACCAAGUUCAUCGCCACGAGUGGGAGUCGGACGCCGCAGCCUUCCGGGCAGACAUCAAGUGCCUGCGCAUUGCCAUCCUGGCUCAGCCAUCAACCAGCGGGAUGAGCCGACCCGCAGAGUCGCUUGCCCAUCGCCCGCCGCGUGCUGUCCCACGGCCAGUGCGCAUGGACAUUGCUGUCAACGAUUCGCCUGUUUCGCGGCGGCGCUCGAACAAAGUGCGCUUCCGAGCCAAAGCGGCGGCGCCGCGGCGCCCACGGCCCGUUAGUGGCUACGAAUCGUUGUCACCAAGCACCUCCCCGGGUGUGCAGGAAACGAAUCCGUCAACAACCGCCACAGCGCCACAAAAGGCCAGCCCGGCGCGCAGCGACGCGACUGUCACGCUUCACGAUUCCAUGGCCGAGGGUGCCUGGACAGCCGAACCUAGCGAGCUCGUGUGUAGCACGUCUGAGACAACCAACUUUUUUGUUCGAAAUACGGGCUCGACAGAUCUAACCUAUCGCUUAAUAUACUCGAACCGCGGCAUCCGGGUCCGUCCUGACUCAGCCACUGUUGAGCCCGGUGAGCAAGUAGCUGUUCGAGUGGUGCCGCUGGAUGGCAACAUUUGUCCUCGCCGUGAGCAAAUCUUCGUAUUAGUUGAUGGCGAGCAGCGCGACGUGACGGUGGACGUGAUUGGCGACACAAGUGGUGAUGCAGCAACUGGAGAUGGUUCUGCUCGGGACACCGCGAAGUUGACACCGAAUGCCACAAGAGCUCGCCCACAUCACGAGCCAACCGACGCACUUCAGUUUGAGAGUCCACGCUCCAGCAUGGGCCCGGUUACAUCCAUUCACUGGACACCAGCACGUAAGUCCCGCGCGACCUUGCGACAGCUCGAGCACUUUGCUUUGCGUUUGCGCUUUGUUUCACCAAACUUGCGCUCCUGGUUAUUGACCUCAUUCGCCGCAGCCUCCACAAACCACGGCAUGCCCCUGCAAUUGCUGCCAAACCGUCUCGUAUUCGACGAGGGCCACGCGCGCACUGUCAAGGCCGGUGUUGGACCCGUGUUUGCAGUUGAACGACACAGCGGCACGAUUGAGCCGCAUGCCACACGGCACAUUAGCGUGUCCUUCUUUGGGCGUGACGUGGGUCAAACCACGCAAUUCUGGACCCUGCGCUACACGGCGCAAAAGAUUUCCAACGAAACGGAAGAUGCCGUGCCGUUGACCUUUGUUGCCUUGGGCACCGCCUUCAUGUUGCGCCACGCGCAAGUAACCUUACGACCAAUGAGUUUUGUGAUGUUGCCUGUUGAUUACCGCCCUCGCGAAGCUGGCACCCAAGAGGGCCACGUCUUAGUUGUGCAGGCCACGGGACAGAAGCAUUCGGUCUCGCUCAGCGGCAAAUGUGAAGCUAUGGGGGGCAAACCGCACAGCAACGCUUGA